GGCCACGCCCCCAGGGCUGAGAGCGGGCGGCGAUUGGUCGAGGCCACUCUAAGGCCCCGCCCACCAUCGCGCAGGUUUGGGCGAGCGGCGAUCGCGGGCGCAGGGAUCGCGGCGGGCACAGCCGGAGCCGGAGCGGGAGCGCCAUGCUCGCCAACGCGGCCACCAUGCGGAUCCUCAUCAAGGGGGGAAAGGUGGUGAACGACGACUGCACGCUGGAGGCAGAUGUCUACAUCGAGAACGGCAUCAUCCAGCAAGUGGGUCGUGAGCUCAUGAUCCCCGGUGGGGCCAAGGUCAUUGAUGCAACUGGCAAGCUCGUCAUCCCAGGUGGCAUCGACACCAGCACCCACUUCCACCAGACCUUCAUGAACGCCACAUGCGUGGAUGACUUCUACCAUGGCACCAAGGCAGCCCUGGUGGGAGGGACAACGAUGAUCAUCGGCCAUGUCCUGCCGGACAAGGAGACCUCGCUGCUGGAUGCCUACGAGAAAUGCCGCAGCCUGGCCGACCCAAAGGUCUGCUGCGACUACAGUCUGCACAUGGGGAUCACUUGGUGGGCACCCAAGGUGAAGGCAGAGAUGGAGACACUGGUGCGGGAGAAGGGAGUGAACUCCUUCCAGAUGUUCAUGACCUACAAGGACCUGUACAUGCUGCGGGACAGCGAGCUCUACCAGGUCUUCAGGGCUUGCCGGGACUUCGGGGCCAUUGCCCGUGUCCAUGCCGAGAAUGGCGAGCUGGUGGCUGAGGGAGCAAAGGAGGCGCUGGACCUGGGCAUCACAGGGCCAGAGGGCAUUGAGAUCAGCCGGCCUGAAGAGCUGGAAGCCGAGGCCACACACCGUGUCAUCACCAUCGCCAACAGGACCCACUGCCCUGUCUACCUGGUGAACGUCUCAAGCAUGUCUGCAGGAGAUGUCAUUGCUGCCGCCAAGAUGCAAGGGAAGGUGGUGUAUGCGGAGACUACCACGGCACACGCCACGCUCACUGGGCUGCACUACUACCACCAGGACUGGUUCCACGCUGCCGCCUAUGUCACCGUGCCGCCACUGCGCCUGGAUACCAACACCUCCGCCUACCUCAUGAGCCUGCUCGCCAAUGACACGCUGAACAUCGUGGCCUCUGACCACCGGCCCUUCAGCGCCAAGCAGAAAGCAAUGGGCAAGGAGGACUUCACCAAGAUCCCCCAUGGCGUCAGCGGGGUGCAGGACCGCAUGAACAUCAUCUGGGAGCGUGGCGUGGUUGGAGGCAAGAUGGAUGAGAACCGCUUUGUGGCCGUCACCAGCUCCAACGCAGCCAAGAUCCACAACCUGUAUCCCCGCAAGGGCCGGAUCAUCCCUGGCGCCGAUGCUGACGUCGUGGUCUGGGACCCUGAGGCCACCAGGACCAUCUCAGCCAGCACCCAGGUGCAGGGAGGGGACAUCAACCUGUAUGAGAACAUGCGGUGCCACGGGGUGCCCCUGGUCACCAUCAGCCGUGGGCGUGUGGUCUACGAGAACGGCGUCUUCAUGUGCGCCGAGGGCACUGGCAAGUUCUACCCACUCCGCUCCUUCCCAGAUUCCGUCUACAAGAAGCUGGUGCAGCGGGAGAAGAGUUUAAAGCUGCGGGGUGUCGAUCGCACCCCAUACCUGGGGGACGUGGCCGUGGUUGUCCAUGCUGGGAAAAAAGAGACGGGGACGCCCCUGGCCGAUACCCCAACCCGGCCUGCCACGCGGCAUGGGGGCAUGAGGGACCUCCACGAGUCCAGCUUCAGCCUCUCCGGUUCUCAAAUCGAUGACCACGUUCCAAAGCGAGCUUCGGCCCGGAUUCUCGCUCCCCCCGGGGGCCGGUCGAGUGGCAUUUGGUAAAACCGGGGACCUGUCCCCCAACUGAGGACCAGGCACCAGCCCCACGCCGUCCCCUCUGGGAACCCUGCUCCGGUGGGGCUCCCCUCGCACCGGGGGGCUCUGCCCACGGAGCUGGGCCAGCAGCCGGCAGCCGUGUGUGGGGUCGGGGUCUAGGGGAGCUGCAGCCCUGGGCGGCGGGGGGGGAUGGGGGCAGCGGGUGGGCUGCCCCCAGCCCUUUUCUGUUUGCACGUUGGGUUUGGAUCCGUGAGUUUUUGAGUUGUUUGUGCAUCCCGUGGAAAUGCUCGGAGUGGUUUGUGUUCAGUAGUGUUAGGGGAGCAGCAGGGACCCCCCCAUCUCCGCCCACCCUUCCCACCCCGGGCUGCACCCUGCACCCUGCACACCCCUUCCCCUGGCUCCCACCUCUCCCCAUGGGACGCGUGAGCCCUUCCACACCCCGGCAGCGAGCAGUGGCACAGCACCCACACACCUGCCGGCACACGAGUGUGCAUCCCUCCAUGCGAGGUGCCGGCAGGAUCUUCACUGCAGUGUGUGUGCACUGUGCGUGGCCUCAAUGAGAUGUUCUUUGCACACACGUGUGCACGCAUGCGUGCUUCCCUCUGUGCAAGGUGCUGGCAGGAUCUUCACUGCCAUGUGUCUCACCAUGCACGGUCUCAGUGUGAUGUUCAGUGCACACACGUGUGCAUCACUCCAUGCAAAUUGCUCAUCGCUGCCGCACGUGUGCACCGUGUGUGGUCUCAGUGAGAUGUUCAUUGUGCACUAGUGUACAUCCCUCUGUGCAGGGUGCUGGCAGGUUCUCGACUGCGGCAUGUCAGUGCACACGUGUAUAUCACACCAUGCAUGGUCUCGGUGAGAUGUUAGUUUCACACGUGUGUGCAAGACACUGUGCAUGGUUUCAGUGCAAUGUUCAUCGCACACACGUGAACACGUGUAUGCAUCGCUCCAUGCAAACUGCUGGCAGGCUCUCCACUGCUCUGUUUGUGUGUACACGUGUGUCACACCAUACAUGGGCUCAGUAUACUGUUCCUUGCACACACAC